AUGAGGAGCCGUGGACUGAAUAGAUGCUCCCAGCUUCUGUGCGCGGAGCGGGACACUUGCUGUUGUAAAGAAGAGCAAAGCAACAAGGACGCGGAGAAAGUGCACAAACACUACAGAUCACUUUCACUCCACCCAGAACGUCCCAACGAUGUCUUCAAAGUGCCCCAAGUGUGAAAAGACGGUGUAUUUCGCUGAAAAGGUGUCAUCGCUGGGGAAGGACUGGCACAAGUUGUGUCUCAAGUGUGACCGCUGCAACAAGCUGCUGAAUGCUGGAGGCCACGCUGAGCACGAUGGAAGGCCCUACUGCCACAAACCGUGCUACGCUGCCCUCUUUGGGCCAAAAGGUGUGAACAUCGGUGGAGCCGGCUCCUACAUAUACGACACUCCAGCCAACAACAACUCGCCUUCCACCGCUGUGGAUUCAGCCUCCAAAACUGAAGAGAAGAAAGUGUUUGCGCCCAAACCAGCAUCCAAAGCUGGCAGCAUCACCACUUUUUCCGGAGAGGCCAACCUGUGUCCCCGAUGCAACAAGAAGGUGUAUUUUGCUGAGAAGGUGACAUCACUGGGGAAAGACUGGCAUCGACCUUGUCUGCGCUGUGAGAGGUGCAGCAAGACUCUGGCUCCUGGCAGCCACGCAGAGCAUGACAGCCAGCCCUACUGCCACAAACCAUGCUAUGCUGUCCUCUUCGGGCCCAAAGGCGUGAACACUGGUGGUGUGGGCAGCUACAUCUAUGAGAAGGAGCCCAGUGCAGUGACCCAGCCCUGAACCUUUGACCCCCUCCCUUCAGCCUCAUCCCUCUGCUCGACACAGCUCUGACCACAUCGACCACAGUAUUAGUCAUAGCAGUUUUUUCUCUCUCUCUCCCUUCACCUGUGCAAUCACACCUGAGACAACCAGCCUCCUGCUCCGGAUCCUUCUCCCCUUCUUAUCACCUGCUUCUAGCACCAUGAGGAAUCAUUUGAAAUCUUAACAUGUGUUAUACGUAUUUCCUCAAAGACAUCUAGCAUUCCUCACAAAAAAAACCCUACAGCUAUUAACCACCAUUUAAAUAAUGUCAACCUUCUUUCCACAUUAAUAAUAAAUGUACGUGAACACGUUAAAUGUCACCACAGACAAAUAAAAGGUGUUAUAAUUCAAUUUGCACCCUGAACAAACUGAUGAAAAGUCAUUCUCAGGUGUGGAAAGGUGCAUUGUGGGUUUAGCUGUAGCAUGUUGAAAACCAGAGAGGGAUUUCUGCUGCACGCACAGGUGCUGCUCAGGAGCACAUUGCCAAUAAAAUCUGUUUAUUACUAUUGCCAUAUUCCUGACACCAUUCCUGACAAAAAAAGUGAAAGUAUGUCCUCAAGUUGAGAAAAAAAGAGGGAAAUUGGUUCUCUCAGGCGACUGUUACAUGACUCUCAGCACAUCUAUAAAUCAGCAUGAGUUUAUUUUGCUUAUGAGCGUUUGUAAAUAACCUGUCAGAAGUCUAGAUAAUGAGAUAUGAUUUGCUAAUGAAUAACACAAACUGCAAUUUUUUUUAAAAUGAGUAGAAUGUGGGUAAAGUUUUGGAAGGGAGGGUAACAUGUAUUUAUGACUAAUUGAAGGCCUUUACAUUUCAACAGACAUUGUACUACUACUACCCUUUAACGGGCUGAUUAUGAAGGAGGUUAAAAAUGGCAAUAUAAGCUGUACAAAUCUCUACGAUCAAGAUUUUUAUUGAUAUUUUCAAAUGAGUAACCCUGCUGUUAUUUUUCCGAAAAGAUGACGUGCUAUCUGAAGUAUUAUAUUUUAGCAGAAACGUAGCGUAGCUCGUAGAAACACUGCAGACAAGUCAUUCAGUCAGAAUGUGCAUCCUAGUAUUAUUAUUGUGAGACUGUUACUGUGUAUGUUUAUGACCUGUUGUACAUCGUAGGGCUUUGUAGACACUGCAGGGCUCACUGUUUGUAGAACUGAAUCGCUGCACUUCAGCCCUGCUGCAUUCGUCUUUUUAAUCCCAGUUAAAUAAAUAUUUCUGAAACUAUU